AUGGAUGGCUCCACCUCUGAGACCUCAGCCUCUGGUUCCUCCAAGGAGGACAUGGUGACGGGAUUGAGGAGAUCCUCCAAGUAUCCCUCCCACCUCCUGAUGACAACCCCAGUCAAGGUAUCCAGAAAGAUGGCAGCAGGAGACCCAGUGAACCGCACUUUUAUUGACGACACACAUCCCUGUUAUCAGAUAAAUAUCAUUUCUUCCACAUUUAAAAGAGCUCCUUCCACAUUAUGUGUUUUAUUUUACAUUUUCAUCAGCUCUGUGUCUGCUGUAACUGUGUUGGGAAACCUUCUGGUAAUAAUCUCUAUUAUUUAUUUCAAACAGCUGCACACUCCCACUAACUUUCUCAUCCUUUCUCUGGCUGUGACCGACCUGCUUGUUGGCUUUGUGGUGUUUCCUCUCAAUGUGGAAUUCUCUGCAACUUCAUGUUUCUACAGUCCUAAUGUGCUUUGCAAUGUACGAAACACCUUUGACAUAACACUGAGCACAGCAUCUAUCUUCCACUUGUGUUGUAUUUCCAUUGACAGGUACUAUGCAGUGUGUCAGCCUCUGACAUACAAAAGUAAAAUUAAUGUUCAAGUUGUUAAGAUCAUGAUUUUUUUGGCCUGGUGCAUUUCAGUUCUGGUUGCUGUUAGUUUAUUUGUUAUUGGGUUGAACGUUGAAAAAUGUCAAGAAAACUGUUUCUUUUUUGCAAAUAUUUUGGGACCAGUGUUUUCAUUUUACCUUCCCGUGAUCAUAAUGUUGUGUAUCUACAUGAAGAUUUUCCUGGUGGCUCAGAAACAGGCACGCAGCAUCCAGAACACCAACUGUCACAGCAAAAAGAAAGGACUGACAGUCAGAAAGGUGGAAGGAAAGGCCACAAGAACUUUAGCAAUUGUAAUGGGAGUCUUUCUGAUGUGUUUGACUCCUUUUUUUCUGUGCUUAGCCAUUGAGAUCUUGGGAAGUUCCCCAGUGCCUGCUGAAGUGUUUGAAACUGUAGCCUGGCUUGCAUUGUUUAACUCCAUGCUCAAUCCAUUCAUCUAUGCUUUCUUUUACAGCUGGUUCAGAUCAGCUUUCAGACUCAUCCUAUCUGGAAAAAUAUUUCAGGGGGAUUUUUCUCACACAAAAUUGGUUUGA